AGUGACUGCCAUAUUAAUUUUAACAAAACUUGCACUAGAAGAACAAGAAAGGCUCACUGCAUAGGAGUGGUGGGGAUUAUUAAAAGCUGAAACAGGGUGAGCAACCACCAAAACUAAAUCUGAAAUAAUGACUUUCGAUCCAGUUGUUCGGUAACUUUCUGCUGAUUCUUCUUUUAAUAAGCUGCAAACUUCGUUAUAUAUAUUCCGAGAGUAAAUUGAGAUCCAGUAAUACCUUUAGUUUGGUGUUAUGGCCCUAGAGAACGGCAGAAAUGGUGGAAGUAUGGACGAUGCCACCACAUCGAAAAGACAGGAAGGGAAGGAGAAAAGUUCAGGCCCGAGUAAGGAACUAGAAAAGCAAGAGAGGAGCAAAGAAGAUGAGAAAACUAAAACUGUGCCAUUCCCCAAGCUCUUUUCGUUUGCUGAUUCCACAGAUACUGUUUUGAUGAUCAUUGGCUCGAUUGGUGCUGUUGGAAAUGGAAUAUCUUUGCCCCUUAUGUCAAUUCUAUUGGGAGACGUGAUUAAUUCUUUUGGACAAAAUCAGCAUAAUGAAAAUGUGGUGCAUUUAGUGUCCAAGGUAUCUCUCAAAUUUGUCUACUUGGCAGUGGGGUCUGGUGUGGGAUCAUUUCUGCAGGUGGCUUGCUGGAUGGUCACGGGAGAGAGGCAGGCUGCUCGGAUAAGAGGUGCAUAUUUGAAAACUAUACUAAGACAAGAUGUAGCUUUUUUUGACAAGGAAACAAACACAGGAGAGGUUGUUGGUAGAAUGUCUGGUGACACUGUUCUCAUACAAGAUGCCAUGGGUGAAAAGGUUGGGAAAUUUAUACAGCUGCUAUCAACAUUCUUUGGAGGCUUUGCAAUAGCAUUUGUCCAAGGAUGGCUUCUUACUCUUGUCAUGUUAUCCUCCAUUCCCCUGAUUGUGAUAGCUGGUGCGGCCAUGUCAAUAAUGAUAACUAGGACAGCAUCUAGUGGACAAACUGCUUAUGCAAAAGCAGCAAUUGUCGUUGAACAGACACUUGGCUCGAUCAGAACUGUCGCGUCAUUUACUUGUGAAGAGCAAGCCAUAAGCAAUUACCAGAAGUUUCUCAUUACUGCUUACAAAUCCGGGGUUCAAGAAGGCUUAGCGGCUGGAUUAGGUAUUGGCAUUGUUAUGUUAGUAAUCUUCAGCAGCUAUUCUUUGGCAGUAUGGUUUGGUGGGAAGCUGAUAUUGGAAAAAGGAUACACUGGGGGCACAGUGAUUAAUGUGAUUGUUGCUCUGUUGAUCGGAUCCACGUCACUAGGUCAGGCAUCUCCCUGCAUGAGUGCAUUUGUGGCUGGUCAAGCUGCAGCUUCUAAAAUGUUUCAGACUAUCAGUAGGGAGCCUAAGAUAGACGCUUACGAAAUGAGGGGAAAGAUAUUGAAGGACAUCAACGGGGAUAUAGAAUUGAGGGAUGUAUAUUUCAGUUAUCCAGCCAGACCCGAUGAUCAAAUAUUUUCUGGUCUUUCUCUUCUCGUCCCAAGUGGCAUGACUGCAGCUUUGGUUGGACAAAGUGGAAGUGGAAAGUCAACAGUCAUCAGUCUGAUAGAGAGAUUUUAUGAUCCACAAGCUGGUGAAGUGCUCAUAGAUGGUAUUAACCUCAAAGAAUUUCAACUUAAGUGGAUCCGAGAGAAAAUUGGUCUUGUCAGCCAAGAACCUGUGUUGUUUACGUCCAGCAUAAGGGAUAACAUUGCAUAUGGAAAAGAUGGUGCAACUACUGAAGAGAUAAGAGCAGUAGCUGAACUUGCCAAUGCUGCUAAAUUCAUAGAUAAACUACCUCAGGGACUAGACACCAUGGUUGGUGAGCAUGGAAUUCAGAUGUCAGGUGGGCAGAAACAGAGAAUUGCAAUAGCAAGAGCAAUUCUGAAAGAUCCACGAAUUUUGCUUUUAGAUGAAGCUACAAGUGCACUUGAUGCAGAAUCAGAAAGGAUAGUGCAGGAGGCACUGGAUAGGAUUAUGGUCAAUCGGACAACUCUCAUUGUUGCCCAUCGUUUGAGCACUGUGAGAAAUGUUGAUUUGAUUUCAGUUAUUCACCAUGGCAAGAUAGUGGAAAAAGGCUCGCAUUCAGAACUACUCAAGGAUCCUGAAGGAGCUUACUCGCAGCUUAUACGUUUACAAGAAGUAAAUAAAGAGUCAGAGCAUGAAACGGAAGACCACAAGUCAGAUAUUACUAUGGAAUCCUUUAGACAGUCGAGUCCAAGAAUUUCACUGGAACGGUCUUUAAGCAGGGGAUCUUCUGGAGCAGGAAAUAUAAGCCCAUUCUCAGUCUCAUUAGGUUUACAUACUGCUGGACUCAGUGUCCCUGACACUGAUAACGCCCCGGGAGAAGUAGAAGCUUCUUCACAUAAAACAAAAACUCCAGAUGGCCCAAUCCGCCGCCUUGCUUAUCUGAACAAGCCAGAGAUCCCGGUACUUAUAGCUGGAGCUAUCGCUGCAAUUCUUAAUGGUGUCAUAUUUCCAAUUUUUGGCGUCCUACUUUCCAAUGUGAUUAAAACAUUUUUUGAACCACCGCAUGAAUUGAGAAAGGAUUCCAAGCUCUGGGCACUGAUGUUUAUGACGCUUGGCCUGGCAUCAUUUUUGGUGUUUCCAACACAAACUUACUUAUUUUCUGUGGCUGGAUGCAAAUUAAUCCAAAGGAUUCGAUCUAUUUGUUUUGAGAAGGUAGUUCACAUGGAGGUCGGCUGGUUCGAUGAGCCUGAGCAUUCAAGUGGGGUAAUUGGUGCUAGACUUUCAGCAGAUGCAGCAACAGUGCGUGCUCUGGUUGGAGACUCUCUAGCUCAGACGGUUCAAAACAUCGCAUCAGCAACAGCAGGUUUAGUCAUUGCCUUCACUGCAUGUUGGCAAUUGGCCUUGAUUAUCCUUGUACUCAUUCCUCUAGUAGGACUCAAUGGAAUUAUUCAAAUAAAGUUCAUGAAAGGAUUUAGUGCAGAUGCAAAGAUGAUGUAUGAGGAAGCAAGUCAAGUUGCAAAUGAUGCUGUAGGCAGCAUAAGAACUGUUGCCUCUUUCUGUGCUGAAGAGAAGGUGAUGCAAUUAUACAAAAAGAAAUGUGAAGGCCCUAUGGAGACAGGAAUAAAGCAAGGGCUGAUCUGUGGAACAGGAUUUGGAGUUUCUUUCUUCUUACUGUUUUCUGUCUAUGCAACCAGUUUCUAUGCGGGAGCUCAACUUGUCCAGCAUGGGAAAACAACAUUUACAGAAGUUUUUCGGGUUUUCUUUGCUUUGACCAUGGCAGCUAUUGGAAUUUCUCAAACAAGUUCCUUCGGUCCUGAUUCCUCCAGUGCCAAGACUGCAGCUGCAUCCAUAUUCUCUAUUAUAGACCGUAAGUCAAAGAUGGAUCCAAAUGACGAGUCAGGUACGAAAUUAGACAGUGUGAGAGGAGAGAUUGAACUUCAUCACAUAAGCUUCAAGUAUCCAACUAGGCCAGAUAUUCAGAUUUUCCGAGACCUCAGCUUGGUGAUUCAUUCUGGCAAGACUGUAGCCCUGGUUGGAGAGAGUGGAAGUGGGAAAUCAACUGUGAUAUCGUUGUUGCAAAGAUUUUAUGAUCCUCAUUCAGGUCAUAUAACUCUAGAUGGAGUUGACAUUCGAAGUCUCCAACUCAAGUGGCUGAGGCAGCAGAUGGGACUUGUGAGCCAAGAACCAGUCCUAUUUAAUGAUACAAUCCGUGCCAACAUUGCAUAUGGAAAACAAGGGAAAGCGACGGAGACAGAGAUUUUAGCUGCAUCAGAGCUAGCCAAUGCACACAAUUUCAUCAGUAGUCUUCAGCAGGGUUAUGAUACAAUAGUAGGAGAGCGAGGUGUCCAAUUGUCAGGGGGGCAGAAACAAAGGGUAGCCAUUGCUCGCGCUAUAGUCAAAGGUCCCAGAGUGCUUCUACUGGACGAGGCUACCAGUGCCCUGGAUGCUGAAUCUGAGAGAGCUGUUCAAGAUGCACUAGACCGAGUCGUGGUGAACAGGACUACGGUCGUUGUAGCCCAUCGGUUAUCCACAAUCAAGAAUGCAGAUGUUAUUGCAGUGGUUAAAAAUGGAGUUAUUGUAGAGAAAGGCAAGCAUGAUACUUUGAUCAAUAUCAAAGAUGGUUUCUAUGCCUCCUUGGUUGCCCUCCACAUGACUGCCUCCACAGCUUAAGUCAACGAACUCAGCACUUCCAAUUAAUGGCGGGCUGCUAUCUCCUCUUUUUCCAAACCUGUUUGUCUUCUUUUAAAAUGUAGUGCAAGUUCUGACCAAUGAAUACUGGCAGCGAAAGAAAGCUAUACGCUACAGAUUUGUUGCUUGUAGAGUGUGGUUGGAUUUUCAGAAAAGGAACCCUAAUGCAAUACCAAUAAACAGUAUUUAAGAUUA